GCCUCAAACAUCUUCUAUGCGCUCUUCUUCAGUCAUUUCUCAUGCACAUAUAACAACAAUUGUGAUAUCUUGUAGAUUGUUGUAGAGCGUUCAUUUCGCAAAUCAACCCCGACCGCCUGGUUCGACAGUCGAAACCUGGCCCCAAUUUUGCGACGUCAUUUCGCCAGACUCACCCUCUGAAGUAAUACUCAAUCCUUUAAAUCCCCCACAACUCAAUCACCAUGGUCCUAGAAAUCCCUCGACGGAAGUUCUUUCGGACUAUAAACAGCAAAUACAUUUAUGGGCGAGUUCCCCUCGUACAUACUGUUAUCUUCCUCAUAGAAAUGGCCAUCCUUGGCAGGCUGGCGGCGAAAUUCAAUAGCUACUAUGCCGACCGUCCUGUGCUCACGAUGAUGAUUACGAACGCAGUGCUGGGAGGAAUAGCAGAUACGGUAGCACAGUCUAUAACAGCUAUUCGAUUGGCUGCACUUCGGAAAGCUGGAGGAAUUACCAAGGACGAUACAAUGGCUAUUGAGAUCCACGAGCUCGACAGGAAGAAUCCCCUCCUCGAACAGGAUAUCAUCCCAGACUCGAAAUUCCUACCCCCACCCUUCGACUUUGAGAGAUUGACUCGAUUCAUGGCUUACGGCUUUUUGAUGGCUCCAGUGCAAUUCAAGUGGUUCAAGUUCUUAUCGAAGGCAUUCCCCGUUACACCAAAGAGUGGAUUUGGAGCUGCACUCAAGAUGGUUGCAUUUGAUCAACUGAUCUUUGCACCCGUUGGUAUUGCCACUUUCUUUACUGUUAUGACCAUCGCAGAAGGUGGCGGACGAAGAGCGGUGUCCCAUAAGCUGCGAGACAUGUACCUUCCAACUCUAAAGGCCAACUUCAUGGUUUGGCCUCUUGUGCAAAUAAUCAAUUUCCGUCUGAUGCCACUCCAAUUCCAGCUGCCCUUCGUAUCAUCCGUUGGUAUUGCUUGGACCGCAUAUUUAUCUCUUUCGAACGCUGCUGAAGAAGCCGAUGCUAGGUCUGCUCCUCAAUCGCCAAAUAUCCGCUUGCUCUGAUUGAUUUGGGUCCAGGUCUGGACGAAAGCAAUGGGAUAAAGGCAUUGGGAACUCGGCGUUAUGAAUUUCGAUCCCUUGAGGACCAAAAUGAAUUGCAACUCAUGAAUGGUGUUUCCAGAGUUCCUGGAAGGCGGCGACGGAAAUUGUAUGGAUGGUUAUUGGAGUUUAAGGCAGACGGAGUUGUUGGGAGCAAAUGUACACAUAUAUUUUAACGAUUGAGAUUCUCAAAAUAUAUCCGCAGCAACUUCUGCAUCAAAGGAAUAGAUACGCAGUACCACAGAACUUUCG